AUGAGCGCAUCCGAGCUCAAGGAGAGGGGUAAUUUACAGUUCAAACGUGGUAAAUUUUGCGAGGCUGCGAAGCUGUAUACGCAGGCAGAAAAACUCGCACCUAAUGACCCUGUAUACCCCUCCAAUCUGAGUGCAGCUCUGUACGAAUCGGGGGACUAUACUGCCUGCUUCCUCGCAACCCUUCGUUCCUUGAAACUGCUCCUUGCAGAAACUCAGCCGCGAAACACCGCACUCAUAGACCGGCUUUCUACACGCCUCGCAAGGACACUUCGGUAUGGAACUCGGUCCGGAGGACUUUCUUAUCGACUAGUACAGUCUGAAAGCGCUGCUUCGACCAUCUCAGAGGUGAAGAAAUUGAUCACGGAGUCCGAUAAGGAAGAAGUCAGCAGGGUUUGGGAUGAGUGGGGUGCGGAUGAGAGUCAGAUCGAGCAGAGUACCGAGAAUAAGGGUAUGGGGAGGGAGAGACUGGCUCGGCUGCCAAUGUACAAGAUCUCACCUGCGAGAGUGCGCGAAUAUUGCUCGAUAUCCCACGACGAUCCAAUGUCAAUCAUCCAUGAUUACGGAACGGAGGAGAAAAUACCUAUUCCGUUGAAGAUCCAGACUUUUUCAGCCGAGCGACUGUCGAAUAUCUCGUUCUUAUUUGGCGGUGUAGGCGAUGAUGAACUGCUGAGCGGAAAUCAUACUCCGAACGAGACAGUAGAGAUCAAGGCGGCACUUUUCUAUGUCUAUACGGCUAUGAUUAUGCCUUCGUACUGUUUUGACCGAUGCAUGCAGGUCAUCAAAGACCUACGCCAACAGCUCUCCGCUUCCCCUCCCUUGCUUCCUUCCUGGAUCCAUGUCAUUUCCGCGUCCAUUCCAGAGCUGUUUCAAUCACUAGACUACUGGAUCGCCAACUGCCCGAAGAAGACUUCUGAUGAGAUGCUCGAGCACCACAAUGACGAGAAAUGGAAGGCCAGUAGAGACCAGAAUCAUGCCAAUCUCACAUCUGGUGCCUAUCCGGCCUAUCAAGGUCAAGAAGACCGCUUCAACGAAGGCCCCGCGGCCGAGAUAAAAAAGAUACCGGACGAGGAGAUCGUCAAGAUCGGAAUGAACAUGUUGGACGAGGAAUACCCGACUGUUCCUACGGAUCCCGUUCGAAAGGCUAAGUUCAUUAGACGGACAAGAGAUCACUUGAUCGAGUUCCUGAAGGAUCAAGGGAUGGACAGCAAGGGGACGGACUCGGCGGCUUUGAUUAACGAAAAACUGUUGUAUAAGGCCGUGAGGGCGUUCAUGCCACCACCAGAGCUACGUUCGCGACAUUCGGCGAUGGCGAAAGGGUGGAAGGAUAUCCGAGCGUUACAGGAGAUUCAAAAAUCUCAUCGUGUGGCGCCGAAAGCCCAAUCGUCAGCUAUGGCCCAACUUCUCAUCGAGGCACGAAGGGACGACAUCUCAAAUAACUGGAAACCUAAUCCAUCUCUCUUCGACAUAUCCUACGAUGAAGGCGAUGGCUACCCUACCUUUCACUAUAGCGGCUUCGACCCGAUCACCGCUCUUGAAGGAUUCAACGUCCGAAUGGGCCUACAGACAGAGCUGGGUAGCAAAGCCGUCGAGGACUGCCCCGCCUACUCAGUCACGACUAUCUUCUUCGAUGCUGUUCUGGAAGGUUUGAAAGCGCUGAAGGGCAAGAUUCAGUUCGAGAUCCUCCGUGGAGAACUCAAUCAGGAAGUGCUGAAGAUGCGGACGUCUGGCGAUCAACACCGACCAGCUCAUUUCCCGAGGGCAUUUACGAGGAUAUGGCAAAGCAAUGUUCCGGACUAUACACAUGGGCCAUUGAAUACGGCAGUACAUGUCGUGCCCGCUCUACAAACGUACCCAGAUUGUUCGGCUGCUGCAAACUGUCUCCUCAACUCUCCCAUCUUCCGGAAUAAUGACGAGUUCUGCUAUACUUACACCCUCUUGACGAUCCAUGAUGUACCCCGAUACCUUGGCUGUCACGUCAUUUCAAUGUCACCAAACUUCGACAUCAUCAAUCUCGGCUCGCAACCGCUCCCCCGCCCACUCGCAGAACUAGCUUCCCGUACCGAACUCAUUGCCUGGCUCAUCCGCGUCCUCUUCGCUACUUUACUUGCCGCUAGAGACCUUGGCGCACCGAUGUCUGUCCGCUACCCAAACAACCUCGUAGCGUUCGUUCAUCUCCUCAUCCAUCUCAUUUCCGUCGGAUUCCCCGCCCACUGGCUCUCCGACUUUCUGCAGAGUGUCCUCUCGGACUCGGUGGUCACAGACGUAGCUCUGUACACUGGAAACUUCCCAAUUCCGACCUCUGAGCUGAAUAGACGAGUGGUGAAGAGAAAAGUAUGUUUGGAACCGUGGCUCAUCGACUUGGAGACUAUUUUGGCGACGUCGUACGAAAUGCUUCCAUUCUCGCUCACACCACCUCCAGGAUUCUCCGUAUCCUACUCCGACAUCGCUCUGUUCGAGACAAAACUCAGCUUCUUCUCGUUCAAUCCUAUGUCGUCAGCCCCGAGACGCCCAUCGCACAUCCCCGUCAUAUCUCUCAUCUUCUACAAGUACUCCAAGAACCUGAAUGCGAUAGAUCUUAUCACGAACAUCCCGCAGAUCUUGGACGGGAAGAAGAAGUACACGGGAAAGGGGGAGUUGUUUAUCAUGACGGUGGUUGAGAGGUUCGAUGUCAGGGACGGUGUGAUUAGGUGGAGGAUGAGCAGAAAGAGGAUGAGGAUUAUGAAGAUGCAGAAGUGGGUCAUGGCGUCUUACAGGUUUGAUGCGCAGGAGAUAGUGUCUAUGCCGGAUGAAGCGAAGAAUUGGAAGGAAAUCACGGAGGCGUAA